AUGUCCAAGAACCGAACGGGCCUGUAUUUGGGUCUGGCUGUGGCCGGCGCUGGCGGAUACUAUCUGUAUCGUGCGGGCGGAGAUGUCAAGGGUGCGAAGCAGGAGAUGAAGAUUGACGCCGACAAGGCGCGCGAGAAGCUCCCCCGUGGUAAAAAUGCGGAGAAGUUCGGCGAGAGUGUUGGCAAGGAAGCUGGUUCUAAUAUCGAUGAAGCUAUCGACAACGCCCGCUCCAAGGCCAAGCUAGACGAGCGCAUCCCCGCCCUCAUCGACAACGGCAAGCAGCAGCUGGAAGAUGGCCGAAAGCACCUGGAAGAUGGCAAGAAGCAACUCGAUGGGUUCCGCAAGGAAGCGCGGGAUCAGUUCAAUGCUACUGUGGACAAGGUCGAUCGUACGGUGGAGGAGAAGGCGGCUGAGGCCAAGGGGACUGUUUCUGGGUGGUUUGGGGGUGGUAAGAAAUAG